CCCUCGACCUCGAAACCAAAGCGCCUCCGUCUCCUCUCGUCGCAGCCUCCGGCCGAUUCGAAACUGAGGCCUGAGCUUGACUCCGCCAUGGCCGCCGGCGAGCAGCACAUCACCCCACAGAUCUCUUCUUCCUCGAAAAAUUCUUCCGGGAGGCCCGUCACGCCGUUCUGGAAAGAGAAGUACGAGAGGGACGCGCGGAGGUACUGGGACAUCUUCUACAAGCGCCACGAGGACAAGUUCUUCAAGGAUCGACACUACUUGGAUAAAGAAUGGGGAAAGUACUUCCAAGCCCAAGAUGGGGGAAAUUUGGUGGUCUUGGAGGUUGGCUGUGGAGCUGGAAAUACAAUAUUUCCGUUGCUGUCUACCUAUCCAGAUAUAUAUGUUCAUGCCUGUGACUUCUCUUCCAGAGCUGUUGACCUAGUUAAGAAACACAAGGACUUCAGACCUGACCGGGUUAAUGCAUUUGCAUGUGAUAUUACAUCCGAACAACUAACAGAGCACGUGGAACCUUCCUCUGUUGACAUUGUGACAAUGAUCUUUAUGCUCUCUGCAGUUGCACCAGAUAAAAUGCCUUUAGUUCUGCAGAACAUCAGAAAUAUCCUCAAACAUGGUGGCCGUGUGCUCUUUCGGGACUAUGCAUUCGGCGACCUUGCUCAGGAAAGGCUUAUGUCCAAAGGCCAGCAAAUAAGUGAGAACUUUUAUGUCAGAGGUGAUGGCACGCGUGCAUACUACUUUUCAAAUGAAUACCUGGUGGAUUUGUUCUCAAAAUGUGGAUUUACUCUUGAGGAAAUUUGUGUACACAACAAAAAGGUUGAGAACCGUUCAUUGGACUUGGUUAUGAACAGGAAUUGGAUCCAAGCUACGUUUACCCUUAACCCAGCUGGUUCUCUAAGUCCAAAUAAUCAGCACGGCCACCAUACUUGUGAAGGAAAGGAGGAUAAGCUAGCUGUUGAGACAUCUCAGAAGAGCGAUAGUGAAGAAAUUGAUCUUUCUGUGGAUUUUAGCAAUAUGUUUGGAAUAUCGCGCUAUCUUGAUGAGGCGCAAAUCGUUAGGAUUAAAGCAAAGGGCCAUGACUUCAAAAUAAAAGUUCUCGCGAAAGAAUACCAACACACCUGCAAAUUAACUGGCCUAAUGCUCUGGGAAUCAGCUCAGUUCAUGUGCAGUCUUCUAGCAGAGAAUCCUUCCAUAGUUGCUGGCAGAAGGGUGUUGGAGAUAGGCUGUGGCUCAGCUGGCAUCUGCUCAAUGGUUGCUGCCAGUUUUGCUCAGUUUAUUGUAGCUACUGAUGGGGAUGAAGAAUCGCUCGAUCUUCUUAGGCAGAAUACUUCCUCUAAUUUGGAGGCUGAAUUUCUUGACAGAGUUUUGAUCAGAAAGCUUCUUUGGGGCAAUGAAGACAAUAUGAAGGCAGUGAAGGAGCUUUCUGGCAAUGGUGCAGGUUUUGAUUGUAUUAUUGGCACUGAUGUGACCUACAAUCCUGAUGCCAUACUUCCUCUCUUCAAGACUGCUAGGGAACUGAUUUCUGACAAGGCCAAUGGUGAUUCGGGGGCAGUUCUUAUUCUUUGCUACAUCCAGCGUCGUGUUGACGAGGAUUCUAUCCUUUCUGCCGCAAAGGCCCAGGGAUUCAGGCUUGUGGACAAAUGGAUAAAUGGAGUUAGCGAGAGUAAUGGUAUCAUUAGUUCUUGGUUCUGUGGUAAUGAUGUUUGCAGUGCUUUCCAGAAUGUAACAUUUUCCAUAUUGUAUUUUCAAGUGUAAGACAUUGGUGUAUACCUGAAUUCCAUGGUUAAGUUGCAGAUUUUUUAUUUUUUUGGGGGAUUAGUGUACUAAACAAAUGUUUUUUGUGUGUGGUAAUUGUAUACUGAAGGAAUGAUAUUUAUUUUAAUGCCUGUUAGUGUCUGAAGCA